AUGACACGACGUCGCAGGAAUACCCCCAAACAACAAGCCAGAACGGAGCUUGCAGGAGAAGCUCAGAAGACGGACGACUUUCCGAGUCCAUGUACGCCUACGACACAAUACCAACAUUUCAUUCCACGGUUUAUAUUGCGAAGAUUCCAAGUCGGACCUGUGAGGUCCAAAAUAGAACGACAAAGAGAAUUUCGACGCACCGGUGUUAAUCCUGAAUACGUCCACUAUUAUGAUAUUGCUACUGGUAGCCUUGACAUUCGUCCUAUUGGAAAGGUUUACGGCGUCCCGAAUGUUUAUCAGGACAUCCGCAAUACCCACAACAUCAACGAACUAGAGGAGAAAUUAGCGGACCUCGAACGUCAUGCAGCAUCCAUUAUCAUGGACUUGCAUAAAGCACUGCCUCAGGGUACUUUCACUUUGAAGCGGAGGUCGCUAGAGCUCCUGCGGAAGUUCCUGUUUAUCAUGCAUUAUCGCAAUGUAUCAUAUUCUGGCACCUACUUUCAAGCGGAUCACCCGGAGAACGCAGGAGGCCGUCAGUGGAUUGAGGCCUUCAUGAAAGCGAAGGGUAUUCAAUCCGCUGUCGAGACAUGGCUACACUUCCUCAGAUACUAUCUGGACACGUCUCAUUCAGAUAUCAUGCGAGAUGCUGCAGAACUAGUGGAGAAGUACGGCGAAGAAGGUCUUCAAAAAAUGAUGACUGACUCGCAUAUCCCACCUGAUCUCGAACACUUCCCAGCUUACACUUACCACGGUCACGCGAACAGCUACUUCUUCAGUAUCUGGGAAGCCGCGGAAGGGGAAGAAUUUAUCAUCACGCACAACGCAUUUGGUUUGUGGGAAGGUUUGGGAGGUGGCUGCCCCGGCCUGCACCGCAUAUUUGUAGUCAGCCCUCGCAUUGCUCUCGUCCUGCGCCAUGUGAUAACGCGUCCAGAAAUGAAAGAAUACAUAAAGCCGGGUGCGUUCGUGAGCUCCUUGCUCAACGUGAAUCCAGCACCACCAACUCCAAUUUACGCCAGUGGAAAACACGGUACACACAUCAACCACGUAAAUUUCCAGUCCGCGAUGUCACUUGCACGCUACAGAUCCUCCCAGGAAGGGGGUAAUGACAGUUUUGUGUUUAAGAUCACAAAACUGUCGCGACCCCAAACAUUGGAGUUCAAUUCCGUUGUAUUAGUCAACGUGAGGAAGACAGGCUCUUUGACCUUCCUGUCAAGGAGGAGUAUGCUCCGCACCGCGCGUGCAUUCCGGAGUUUGCCAGCCAAUUUCCUUGCGAGCGAGCUGCUCGUUCCCCUCAUUGCGCAAUUGACGAAUACCAUGGAGACAGAAGUGCCAGCUCUUCGCCCACCAAUACAGUCACCAGCGACUGUCCUGGACCAGGAUGUUGACGCACUUACACUCGUUGAUGUAGUGCUCUAUGUGCUUCUAAUGCAGAUAUGCACGGGUAGCAGGUGGUUCGAAACGGCAUACGACAGGGCACAUCUAGUCUUUAGAAUCAUGGAGAAAGCAAAGCCCACUUCAUUCGCAGACGAAAUAAGCCGAGAAGUCGAGAAGGCUUUCAAGGUCUGCAAAGAUUCGGAGGAUGAGAUGCCUGUCGGAGAGGGCAUCAGUUUCGCUUCCUUACUGCCUUCAAUUUCCAACGAGUCGUCUCCUCAACUCUUCCAAUUCAUGAUACCUUGCAUGAGCGGACUGGGCGCGGUGAUGUCCGGAGGUGAAGGCAUUUUGGAAGAGCUCCAAGAUGAAGUCGCCGUAGUGAGCUUUCUUUCACGUGCAUCAAGCAGCCCAGCAGUGUGGCAUGCGCUCUCGUGUACCAGCCCACAGGCCCCCGAAAUAUUGUCAAGGCUAUUCAAGAAAGGCACCGGAGCAGAUGGAUUUGUUGUGGAUUUCACGCGGUUUACGUAUGAGCGCACUUCACCAUCAGAUUUCUCUUCUGGUUUUCAUAUGGCAUAUUCAUUACGAGGAGUAUGCGGCAUGACUGGACCGACCACCAAUCCCAUCAGUCAGAGCUAUUACCGGUUAACGGCUUCUAUGAUCCAAUGUCUUGGUCGCACAAUGCUGGGGUCCCUGCCAGAACCGUACUCUUCGCAGCCGCGCGAGAGGCCCAAGGCCCGGCUCCAUUACAAGAUGCCAGAAGAGCAUUCAAAGUUGCUUUUCUCGAAUAUGAAGAUGAUACUGCGGAAAUCGCUCCCGGGAUAUGAGCCGUCGCCAGGAGGGGAUACUCUAACCCACACCCUCCGAAAGUGGAUAGACGAGAUGGCCAUCGUCGGUUGUCUUUCGUGGUUGGGGAAGCACAGGAGGAAUUAUUUGGACUUCAUUCUGGAUGGGUUUCCGCAGGGUAUGAACUUCAAGCUGUUUGAAGAUGAAGAAGCCACUGGGAGUACCUGA